AUGCAACGCGAGCAUUGUUGGUCGGUGAAGUGUGAUGAGAAGUCUCUUAGUCUCCUGCGGAAAGCUGCCAAACGUGAGGCGCAAACAAACAACGAGGAAUUGCAGAGCAAACUGGGGCAGCCCAUACACUACGGGGAUCAGGCGUAUCUUAUGCACGUUCGCAGUGGACGGUAUCUGACCCACAACCGCAAUCCGUCGGCGUUCAAUCGGCUGCAGAAGUCUGUCUCGCUCAUGGAGGAGUUUGGUGAAGACUCGAUCUUCACCAUACACAGCCGGCACAAGUUCCGUAACAUCACCGACGUUAUCUACUGCAAGGACGAGAUCACGCUACUGACGCGGGAGGGGCUGUAUGUUGGCGAGUCAAAGGACAUGUGGGCCAACCGAGUGGACAUGCUCGAAGUUCGGUCCAUGCGAUCGGCCACACAUUGGAAGGUGGGUGUGGAUGUGAGGGGUACUACACUAGCGUGA